AUUCUCACUGCGCAUGCGCGGCUCAGGGAACACGCUGCGCGGUGAUCGCCGGUGCGCUGUGUCCCUCGGACAUAACGGAUCACGGAAAGAGCCGAAGAUGUCGGGGUUGGUCAUGUGAUCAGCUGUGUCCAAUCACAGCUGAUCACAUGGGACAUGUACACUGAUCAUCAGGGCACUGAUGAUCAGUAUGCCCUGAUGAUCAGUGUGGCCCCAGAAGUGCCACCUGUCAGUGAUCAUCAGUGCCACGUGCCAGUGCCCAUCAGUGCCACGUGCCAGUGCCCAUCAGUGCCACAUCAAUGCCACAUAUCAGUGCAUACCAGUGCACAUCAAUGCCACAUAUCAGUGCCCAUCUGAGCUGCCUUUCAAUGUCACCCAUCAGUG